AAUACUCCCCUCCCCUUCAUCCCUUCCCUGUGCUUUUUCUUCUCCGCCUGUCUGCUCCCCUGCUCCACAACACAGUACAGUACACGCUAGUGCUCUGGUAGUGGCAGCAACCAACACAAGUGUGUCCAGUCUCUCCUCGUAGCUUCAGUUUCUGCUCUGUGUAAACUAGCCAUUUACCAUCAAUCAUGGCCGCCGGAGUACAAAUCUAACUCCCGUCUUUCCUCCCCGUCGUCUGGAGGGGAGGAUUUUGUGUUUGAGGAAACAAAAUAUUAGUCCAACACUGAUUUUGGAUUUCCUCCUGGAAUUACAAUACAUCUCACAAGGGAAAUACCAUUCAUGUCAAUACUCCAAAAUGCAGCCGCCGCCGAGGAAGGUCAAAGUGACACAGGAGCUGAAAAACACGCACACGGAGCAGAUGACAAGACUGCACUUUAAGCACCAGACUGAAUGUGAUCUGCUGGAAGACAUGAGGAGCUACAGCCUGAAGAAGGGACAGCUGGAGAGGGACUAUGCACAGGCUCUGCAGAAGUUAGCGAGUCAGUACCUAAAGAGAGACUGGCCUGGAAUCAACCCUGAUGACCAGAGAACAGACUACAGGAAUGUGUAUGCAGUGUGGAGGUCAUAUUUAGAAGGUACAGUGCAGGUGAGCCAGUCCAGGCUCAACGUGUGUGACAACUACAAGAGUCAAGUAUCAGAUCCAGCUAAGACUGUUAGACUCUACAAGGAACAGCAACUCAAAAAGACCAUAGAUCAGUUGAGUGGCAUUCAGGCAGAGCUGCAGGAGUCAGUGAAGGAGUUGGCCAAAGCCAAGAAAAAAUACUAUGACUGCGAGCAGGUUGCCCACGCUAUACGGGAGAAGGCCGACAUAGAAGCCAAGUCUAAACUGGGUCUCUUUCAGUCGAGAAUUAGUUUACAGAAAGCAAGUGUAAAGUUGAAAGCUAAGAGAAGUGACUGUAACUCCAAGGCGACACAGGCCAGGAAUGACUACUUGCUAACGCUAGCUGCUGCCAACGCCCACCAUGACCGCUACUACCACACAGAUCUACUGCACUGCAUACAGGCCUUGGACGGCAGGAUCUACGAGCAUGUGAAAGACUACCUGGUAGCACUGUGUCGCACCGAGCUAGAGGCCUCCCAAGCUACACACAACACCUUCCAGUUCCUGUUGGACAAAUCCACCAGGAUAAUACAAGAGUUCAACCAGCAGUUGUUCAUGCAGGAGAAUCCAGUGUUUCACAAAGCACACGACUUCCAGUUCCAGCCCAGCGAAUGCGACACGAGUCGUCAGCUGGAGUCGGAGACAGGGACAACGGAGGAGCACAGUCUGAACAAGGAGGCCAGGAAAUGGGCAACCAGAGUGGCAAGGGAACAUAAGAAUAUCAUUCACUACAAGAGAUCUCUGGAGGAGUGUGAGAGCCAUGGCUUGCCUGCCACAGAGCAAGGCAGACUAGAUCUGGAGAUGAAGAUAGAAGACACCAAAGAAAACAUACGCAAAGCUGAGACAAUAAAGUUGAAAGCUGAAGCUCGGUUGGACCUUCUACGGCAAGUGGGGGUUGCUGUGGAUACCUGGCUGAAGAGCGCCAUGAACCAGGUGAUGGAGGAGCUGGAGAAUGAACGUUGGGCCAGCUACACUUCCCACGAUCCCUCACUGUCGGGCACAGUGGACUUGGAGCGUGAGGAGGGCGAGGAGUGUGAAGAGAAUAUGGAGGUUUUCGACGACAGCAGCUCCAGUCCUUCAGGAACCCUUCGAAACUACCCUCUUACCUGCAAAGUCUUGUACUCGUACAAGGCCUCUCAGCCGGACGAGUUAACCAUUGAUGAACAGGAGAUGUUGGAGGUCAUUGAGGAUGGAGACAUGGAGGACUGGGUUAAGGCUCGUAAUAAGACAGGUCACGUUGGCUACGUCCCAGAGAAAUACCUGCAGUUCCCGACCUCCAACAGUCUGCUGAGCAUGCUCCAGUCUCUGGCCACCCUCGACGCCCGAUCGCACACCUCGUCCAAUUCGACCGAGCCAGAGCUGCACUCUGGCUGCAUCAAUGGGGACGCGAACACGCUGUUCGUCCGUGCACUUUACGAUUAUGAGGGCCAGGCGGACGAGGAGCUGUCCUUUUCUGAGGGAGCUGUAAUCCGCCUGUUGAGCCGCGACACUCAGACAGACGACGGCUUCUGGGAGGGGGAGCUCAACGGACGGGUGGGCGUCUUCCCCUCCGUGCUGGUAGAGGAUUUCACUGAAAAUGGGGAGACCAGCGGAGGAGGGGUAGGUGACAUACAGAUCUCUCCAUCUCUGAAGUUGCCAUCCUCUCUGCCCCCUCUUCCGCUGUACGACCAGCCUCCCAUCAGCCCUUUCACCAGCCCUGAGACCUCCACCCCACCUCCUCUCCCACGCUCACCCUCUGCCGCACUUAACGGGGAGCACAAGCCUCCACUGCCCACCUCGUCACACAAGGGACCGCUGUCCACUCACAAUCAAAGCUCUGGCAGGAGUCCAGUGUCUCCUGGAUUUCCUCAGUCUCAGCCACCUCGAUUCACCCCUGAAGGAGGCCCAGGGAAACUACGACCUGUGAGAGCUGCUCCUCCUCCGCCUAAACAGCACCCACGGAGACAGCAGGAGAAGAGCGACAAGACAGAGGAGGUGGAGAUCACACUGGUGUGACAGACAGCAGUUACAGACACACAAAAAAAAAUGUAAACAGAUGACAGACAGAGUUAUCCUACAGGCUGAGGAACUGAACUGCUCUGAACUGAAGUGAGCUUAAACAAAGUGAUGUGAAGUGAAGUGAACUGAACCACGUCGACCCCUCCGGCCGCUCCGCAUCUUCUCUCCUCCUCAAGUGGAGGAGGAGAGGGGAGAGAGGAGAUAAAGGCAGAGUGUCCAAUUUAAUAAUCUCUGUAUUAGCUUCCUAAUGAAGUGCAGCAGUAGCUGCCCCUCGCAUCCCUCUCCGCCCUCCCCCCUCCUUCCAUUCUUGCCUUAAAACUUCACCUCAUCGGGCAGCAAACCAGAGCACAGUAAAAGGAGCAGGAGAAGAAGAAUGUUUGGAGACGGGGGAGUGUGAGAAGUUAAUGAUGGGUUUGGCAAGUUUUCUUUUAUCUUGUUAAGCUUACUGCAAGAUAUUGUAAAGCAGUUUAUUUCUCUGCGCAAGCAGCCAAUUCUGCUACAUCUGAGAAAUUUCACUUUUUUCACUCACUUUCCAACAAAUAAUCAUGAAGCAUUACAAAGUUUUACAGCCCAGAAACUGACAAAAUAUAGUGAAGGGUUAUCAGACAAAUCAAAAAUACGACUGAAUUUAUAGAUAAAGCUGUUAGUUAAACAGCAAAUAUACAUGUGAAUAAAUAUAAAGCUUUAUACUUUUUAUUUAACCUUCAGUGAGUAAGCAGAAAACUUUCCCCCUUGACCACCAAUUGGUAAGUACAGUAAGUUAGUAUGUUUCUGUAAGCUUUUACUAGCUCAUUUUCUUUUCAAAUGUAUUUAUUUUUUGUUUUUGUCUUGGCACACAUUUUAUCAUUUAUCUAUUAUCUCCAUGCAACAUUUCCUUUUUCUCACCACAUUCCCAAUCGUCUUUAUGCAAAUAAUAUAUAAGAAUUAGGAAAAUGUCUAAUAUUUGGAGUAAUGGAGAUGACUGUGUGGAAAACACUGGUAUCUGGUAUCAUGCCUUUUCAGUUAGCUACCACGCUGAAGUUAUGCUGCUGCAGCAUAAUUGUAGAAACUCUUGUAUCAAUAGCUAAAGCAUUGUAGUUGGCUAGCUAACGCUGACAAAGCUACCUGGAAAAGUUCAUUUUGUUCAUUUUGUGACACUUAUUUCCACUGUGGUCUUCAAACUUUCAAAACAGUUAUGUAAACACAACAACCCAAACCCCUAACCCAUUUGAUCAGUUCCCUCAAGUUUCGGCCAUACAGCAGCACUAGGGAACAGAAAACCCCUUUGAUCAGUUCCCACAGUGGCCCAUUAACCUAUUAAGCAAGUACAGGUCCCUAUUAUGUGCUAUAGAUAGCUGUGGAACAUAGAAGCAUGGGAACAUAGAGAUGACUUUAGUUACAGCAUCAUGCAGUACAAUAUAAAGAGGAUUGCCACUUGGUGCAAAAACUGUCUUUAUGAUGAAAACUAGCUUCAGUGAGGUAGCUAGCUGACAAGGAUGGUGCUCAGUUUGUUCAGCCUGCCAGUGAUUUUAGUUAUGCUAACUAGCCACACAGCCCUGUGUGAUAAUUAAAGUCGAGCUCGGUGGAAAUGAAUCUUGGAGAGAGGGUCGCUCAUUGUGCAUAGUCACCAGUGUUUUCAGUUUAGAAGAUUGCCCAACAGUUGUCUCCAGUGCUCCAUAUAUAUAAGCAAAUUUCCAAAUGGUUAUGUGUGCAUGGUAAAAAUAGGGAAUACAUAAAUGACUGAAUGUGUGCCAACACCAAAAAAAAAGGCAGGAAAAUAAAAUGAGGCAGUGAAAGAUAGAAAAGUGAAAUAAAGCUUUUACUUUGUUUUAUCCAGUGAAGUUUUAAUAUGUAAUAUUUUUGACAUAUCAGAUGCUUUUUACAAAAUGUUGUGUUUUUGAUGCCCAUAUAAAGUAAGCUUGAUGAAAGGGGAAAGGGUCAAAACUUGCCAAAUGAGUUAUGUUUUGGAGUGCAGUGGGCGAUGAAGUAAACAGACAGAGAAACUGGGUGGUGUGUGUGGACGCAAUGUCCUCCUCCCCAGCCCUUCCCUCGCCAUAUAUAGUCCUUAUCAUCAUACGUAUUCAAUGUGUAUUAGUACAGUACAUUACUGUUGUCAUAGGAAUGUUAUGCACAGCGUUUCAUAUAGACUAACUGAGCUGAAUGGACGACCAUGUCUGAUAUGUAGUGGAAGUUUUAUCCUCAUCUUAUACUGAAAGGGCAUUGUAAAUACAGUAUGAAGGAGAGAUGAAAAGAGAGAGGGGAGGAGAGGAUGAAAGAAAAAGAGAAAACGGAGGCUGGAUCCUCCCUUCUGUUCUUAUCUCCACCUAUCCUCCCACCCUUCCUUUAUUUCUCUCCCUCUUUUCUCUAAUGUCUGUUCUGUCCAUUGGCAGUCAGUGUGAAUCAGUAGCUAUCAUAUACACACAUACAGUUGCAUAAUAUUACAGGCACGUUGCUAUAUCUUCUGUCAUUCUGUGACCCGCUCUGUGUUUGUAUCACUGAUUGGUUCAGGAGGAGGACGGUGCUUUCAAAGGCACUGAAAUUGCUGGUAUUCACCAUGUGGUGACAAAGAAGAGUUUUAUUUGAGAUGAUAUAGACACUGAAAAAUGUUUGGGGUCAUGAGAUUUUAUUAAUCACCGAAUGAACAGUAUGACUUUUAUCCCUACAGAUCAUAUCUCCUCUCACAUUGAUUUUAUUCACCUAUAACAUAUAUCCUUGUUUAGCUGACAUGCAUUACAUUUGCAGGUAUUAUUUUUCUCUGUUGUCUUGCGAAGCAUCUCCAUCACAUUGCUAUGAGAGUUUAGCUUUUUAAUGCAGCAGAGAAAACAUCCAUAAAGACAAAUGAACCUUUAAUUUUUGCAAUUUGACAUCAUCUUUAUCUCUCUCCUGGUGUCUUACAUUUCAGCUUUGUUUAACCACGCUAAAAACAAAAGAGAUGUACAAAGACUAAUACAUCAUGCUAAAUGGGCAGAACUAGCAAAUGACAUUCAAAGUUCACUUCUGUUGUGUUGUUUGUUUUUUUUUACUCAAAGUAAAUAAAUCUUCCCCCUUACAUACCCUCAAAGCCUUUAAAACUCCUUGCCUAAAUGGCAGCGUAGCACUUUUAUUUAUUUGUACCUUCCCCGAAAAAGUAGCAGUAUCUUCACGUAGCAGCAGGACGUGUAGAAAUGACUCUGAGGAAUCACUGUUUACUCAAAUACAGAAGUCAGAGUCAUUCUUUUCAUUCUAAUGCUGUGGUGGAUCCUCUUUGUUUUCAGUGUGACUGAUACUUUUAUUUUGAAUUCUCCGCUCUUCUAAAGAGAUGGAGAGCUAAUUGUGGACAAUGUAAUUUGGUGUUUUCCUUAACUUAUGAACAACAAACAAAGAAAUUACAGUAAGGGAUGUUUUGAAUGAAAACUGAGAAAUUGUGUUUUUUUUUUCUGGAUCUUGAGAUAGGCAUAGCUGUGUGAGUGUUUGUUUAUUAGAGAGAGGAGGAAUUUUGAUCAGAUCUGUUUUCCACUCUGAAGAUGUGCCCCAGUUCCUUCCUACAUAUUUAUUUUAACCAGGGUUUGAUUGCGUUGAGCAUUCACACUGAAUGAAUUCACACUGCUUACAAAAUAAAUUAUACUCAGAGAUGUCAGUAUAAGAAUUUUUACAGAGCUCCUCACAGCUGGAAACAGUUAAAAAACAAAUUGUUCUCAAUUGGUAGGACAACCUUGGAAAUGCAAUGGAAAACAAACAAACAAAAAAAAGGUAAAAGUAUUCUGUGUCGCUUUCUCUUUGUUACUGAUAUUUAUCAGUCCUGCUCUGAAGUUGCAGUGUCACAGUACAUUUCCUGUUGUGCACAACUGUAAAGUAUAUUAAUUUCUUGUAUACUAACUGCAAAAACAGUAUGAAUAUGAGUAUGAAGAUUAAUAUAGAGUAUUAAUAUGAAGUAUGGAGUUGGGACACAGCUCGAGGUUUGGACACACAUUAAUUGGUUUCUAACAUUGAGGUGAAAUGUCUCAGAUUGAGGAUAGUGAAGCAACAAAUGGUGAAAAUACUAAAACCAUCCUUCAUUUUUAAAUAAAUAUAAAUUGUGCAUCAGCUUUUAGAAACAUUUUCUGUAGCAUCCACACCUAACCAAGUUAAGCAUGCUGAAGUUUCAGAUCCAAACCUUUGCUCUUCUGCUGUUGUAGAAACUAGCAUUGACUUGUAACAGUGUGGUCAAGGCGACUUGAACAACAGCCUCUCCUUGAUCUCUCUGAGAUCUUAUUUAUACUGGUUUUCAAACUUGUUUUGAAGUUUAUGGUUUACAGCAGCAUCCCACACAACUUCCCGCCAUAAAUGCUCAAUCAGUCUCCAUCAAAUAUAAAAUUCAUGACCUUUUGUUGCCAGUUGACACUUUGAACAUGAUUAUUUUCCUUCUUCAAUAGUCCCUUUGGUCCGCUACAGUAUUUAAUUAUUUGGUAUGAGCCUGUUUUUGUUUUGUUUUUUUGUUUUUUUAAUGUAUAAUAUAAUUCUAUAUUUUUCAUCCUUGGAUUUGGAGCAGCUGCACUGCUGCUGUUAUUAAUGAUGUGGUGGAAAAACUGGCCUUCUCUCUCUCUUCACAGACUGUUGCUAUGGUUACAAUAAUGAGAACAGGUGCAAAAGUCUUUCUGCAUAUUCUUAUUGGCUGUACAAAAAAAAACAAAGUUUGUAUUUAUUGUGUACAAAUGUUAAUUAAUAAAAAAAAUAUGGCAAAGUUG